AUGUCUCGAGAUGCGCGCGGAGAGAUGAUGUCGCACCUGGACAAGAACAUCCAGAAGGUCAGCCAAAUGCACACACACUCAGGAGGUGGCCCUCUGAAUUCUGGUUGCUGUCGAUUCGGCGUGCAGGAGUCAGAGGUGCACGUGGCGCUGCGCCUCAGGGGUGGCGUGCGGCGGGCAGGGAAGGGGCGGGAGAAGGAGAGCGACACAGCUCCUUGGCCCCUCCUCACCGUAGGUGCAAGGGGAAGAGAAUAGAACCUCUGAUGGAUUCUGAGCUGCGUUUCUCGUGCACCCACAGCAUUCUACACCGCGGCCGCCAGCCUCUGAGAACCCGUCCGCCAUCUUGACCAAGUGGGCCUACUACGACCCAGUCUACGAGGUCGAGAUGAUGGACGGCCAACUCCAAAAGGCCGCACAACUAUCGGGGUGCACCGUCAAGUAGGCGUCAGCUCGAACAUCUCGGCGGUCCUUGGUCACGGUUGUGGGUUGCUUUCAGGAGGGACGGAGCCCCAGGCUGGCUGAAGAUCACGGGGACGAAAGCCCAGAGGGGCACCGCGAGGAUCGUUCUCGACGAGGCGGUGAACUAGACGCAAAUUGGCUGAUGCCCUUUGUAGCUUCUGGUCCUUUUGUCACAGAAGGACCGCCACCACCAGCAGCAGCAGCAGAAGCGGCAGCCCCUCUGAAGCCCCUCACCUCCAGCAAGCGCGACACCAUCUCCCCGCCCCUGAGGGCAGGUCACAACGUCGCCGCCCAGUGCCCGGAGUGCGCGGCCAACAAGGAGGCUCUCUACAAGAAGCGAGAGAAGAUGGGCAAGUGA